AUGACUGCCCGAAAAGGUGCUGAUGCUCAAUAUCUUCAUAUCAUCGUCCGCGCCCCAAUCGGGCAGCCCGUGCAGCGCCCGCUCAGACUUUACACUUAUCAGAUAUUCUUGCUGGCCGUGAGCCUGUUGAGUCUCACGGCGGCCGGCGGAGGUGGCGGAGGAGGAUUGCUUCCGGUCCUCAAAUCGGCGGUAUCGUCGGGGGGAGGCUAUGCUGGCGGCGCUGUUUCCGGCGGCCAGUUCUCCUCGUACGGUCCCGACUUCAACCCGUUGUUGAUGGGCGGAAAUAAGGGCUACCCCGGCCUGCGCGCCCGCAUCAACCAGCGCGCCUUCCAAUACGCUUCCUCCGUCAUCGCCCCGCUCCUCAACUCGGAGAUCCAGAAGGCCCGGCUACCCCCGAUCAGCCAGUGCAUCCCACAGGUGAACGGCUGCAUCCAAAUCUACAACCUGUACGUCUCGCGCUACCGGUGCCCGCAGCGCAUCUCCAUCUACCCGGCACCGCCGAAUCGGCUGGCCGUUGCUGUGGAGAAUCUGGACAUUGGCGUCACCGGAAAUCUUGGAGGGCAGAUCCAAAUCCUGCUCCCCAUCGCGUUAUUCGGAAUUGUGCAAGCUAACCUUCACCAAGUGUCCAUCUACGUUGACCUCAUCAUUGAAAGAACAGCCACGGGUGCCCCAUACAUCCGAAUGGGCAGCUGCAACGUGCAGAUCGGAUACGCGGACGUAUGCAUCCAGAAUGGCGGCUUGAUCGGCGAUAUUGUCAACAGCCAAUUCAGGGGUCGCAUAUCGUCGAUGGUCAAGGAGAUGGCUCCCGGCAAGAUCUGCGCCCAGCUGCCCGCCAUCGUCAACGAGAAGCUCAACGGAAAAUUGUCCAGCCUCCCUCAAACGAUCGCCCUCACCCAGAUGGCCUCAAUGUUCGGCAGCGCGCUCGGACUUGGCGGAAGCGGCGGCGGACCAUCGGCUGAAUACUGCCAAGCUUCCUGCGCCAAGUCUCCAGUGGUUCUACCGUCCGUCUCUUCCACCUCAUCCGGAUCAGCACCGGCCCCAGUUUCCGCCCCGGCUCCAUCUGGAAUUGUCGGCAGUGCCCCAUUGGCCUACCGCGACGGGCCCGUCGUCAAGGUCAAGAAGGUCGCCGCCCGCGCUAUCCCGGUUUAUAAGACUGGCGUCCAGCGACAG